UCCUUCCCACACAGUCCGGUGGGUGGAGAUGUUGAUACAGAAACUUGGAGGUUUUACGUGUUAGACGGGUUUCCCAAGCGUUACAAUUUAUAUAGACCUACACAUUUUAACGUGAUAGUUUUUAAAAUCUGAAAACGUGUUUCUUCGGAACGCAUUUCCGUCAAAUUGUUGCUGCUUAUCAAGACAAGAGUUGUGCUGUUUCUCUCACGUCUGCUGGGGGUACAUGCUGUCACACAUGCAGCUGCUGGUCGGAGACUCAACUCUGCAUACAUUCAUGGAGCAACGUUAAUGUCGGGAAAACCUUAACGCAUAACUCAACGAAUACACUGACCAGGUUAAAAGCUACUUCCUCCUUGGACGUGAAUGGACACUUGACUGUUUUGCAACCAAAACAACGUAAGAGGGCGUAUUUUUGUUAUUGGAGUAAAAAAACGUUUCCUCUUUCCAAACCAACCGGGGGAAAUAAAGAAGGCAGGCAAGAUGGUGGUCAACACCAUCCACUGGUUCAGGAAGGGACUGCGGCUGCAUGACAACCCGUCUCUAAGAGACUCUAUCCGGGAUGCGGACACCCUGCGCUGCGUUUACAUCCUGGACCCCUGGUUCGCAGGGUCCUCCAAUGUGGGCAUCAACAGGUGGAGGUUUUUGUUGCAAUGCUUAGAGGACCUGGAUGCCAGCCUGCGAAAAAUCAACUCCCGCUUGUUUGUCAUCAGAGGCCAGCCUACAGAUGUCUUCCCUCGGAUUUUUAAGGAAUGGCAGAUCAACCAUUUAUCUUAUGAGUAUGACUCGGAGCCGUUUGGCAAGGAACGUGAUGCUGCCAUCCAAAAACUAGCCAGCGAGGCUGGGGUAGAGGUCAUGGUACGGACUGCUCACACCCUCUACAAUCUGGACAAGAUCAUAGAACUAAAUGAGGGUCAGUCUCCUCUUACAUACAAGCGCUUCCAAGCCCUCAUCAACCGUAUGGAACCAGUGGAACUGCCUGCAGAGACGAUCACGUCGGAGGUUAUCAAAAAAUGUGCCACACCCAUCAGCGACGACCAUGAUGACAAGUUUGGGGUGCCCUCCCUAGAAGAGCUUGGUUUUGAUACAGAGGGCUUGACCACUGCAGUAUGGCCAGGUGGAGAAACAGAAGCCCUCAUGAGGCUAGAGCGGCAUCUGGAGAGAAAGGCAUGGGUGGCAAACUUUGAGCGUCCGCGUAUGAAUGCCAACUCCCUGUUGGCCAGUCCCACAGGCCUAAGCCCCUACCUGCGCUUUGGAUGUCUCUCCUGUCGGCUCUUCUACUUCAAACUUACUGAUCUGUACAGGAAGGUCAAGAAGAACAGCACACCACCACUUUCCUUGUAUGGUCAGCUGUUGUGGAGGGAGUUCUUCUAUACAACUGCCACCAACAACCCCUGCUUUGACAAGAUGGAGGGAAACCCUGUGUGUGUCCAGAUCCCCUGGGACCGAAACCCUGAGGCGCUGGCUAAGUGGGCAGAGGGAAAGACGGGCUUUCCUUGGAUAGACGCCAUUAUGACCCAGCUGAGGCAAGAGGGGUGGAUUCAUCAUUUGGCGAGGCACGCUGUGGCCUGCUUUCUCACCAGGGGAGACCUCUGGGUCAGCUGGGAGGAAGGCAUGAAGGUGUUUGAAGAGUUGCUUAUAGAUGCGGACUGGAGUGUAAAUGCUGGCAGCUGGAUGUGGCUUUCUUGCAGUUCAUUUUUCCAGCAGUUUUUCCACUGCUACUGCCCUGUGGGAUUUGGACGACGCACGGACCCCAAUGGGGAUUUCAUCAGGCGUUAUUUGCCCAUCUUGAAGGGCUUUCCAGCCAAAUACAUUUAUGAUCCUUGGAACGCCCCAGAGGAGGUCCAGAAGGCAGCCAAGUGUAUUAUAGGAGUCCACUACCCCAGGCCCAUGGUGAACCAUGCUGAGGCCAGCCGCAUCAACAUAGAGCGGAUGAAGCAAAUUUACCAGCAGCUUUCUACCUACAGAGGACUCGGCAUGCUGGCAACGGUACCUGCAAAUGGCAGUAAUGUCGGAGGAGUCAACACGGGGACCAGUCACGGUCUGGGAGGGUCUUCUGAAGGCCUCUCCACAUACAUGGCAACAUCUCGAACAGAAAGAGUACAGUCCUCGCUGAAGCGGCACCGUGAAGAGGGUCCAUCUAAAGGCGGCUCUAAAUCCUGGAGGCGGAGCAAAUAGUAUGCAAAUGGAAGAGCACAAAGGGUCCUUCAGUCGGUCUGGAUUAUCGGGAUAGCAUCUUCUCCUGCACUGGCCUCAGCUGACACACAGUAGCGAACUGUAACUAACAACCAUAGAUAUCCAUAACAUGUCUUGAUCUCCACAUAAGACAUCUCAGGAACCAAGGAAGGCAUUCAGAUACAAUACUAUUAUUGAAGACACAAAGGUCUGAUGUACAGUAGAAAUGAAUAUUAAAACACUGUCAGUUUUGACAACAAAAGCAGGCCUUUAUAAAGGCCAUCAUACAUUUUGUCAAUAUUUAUUGCUUUUAUUUCUAACUUUUGUAUGUUUGUUUUUGUAAAUAAAGUGUUGUGCAAAACACAACAAGUUAUAUUGUGAA